UGAGUGCGGAGCCGAAGGGAGCAGCCCCUGGUCUGAGAGCAAGGGAGAGAAGCAGCGAGUGCGGGGCAGAGCAGACUGGCAGCUCCCCUGGGAGGUUGAUGGGGGGGCUGAGCUCUAUUCGCCUGGAUGGGCUGCACAGUGAGCCUCAGCUGCUGCGAGGACAUGCCUUACCAUGAACCAGGUGAAGACAAGAGCAAAGAGGAGACUUUCCUCCUCCCUAAGCCUGAGGAUCAGGAUGCCUCAAACUGUCACACCUUCAAAGCAAAGACUUUCAAAAAACUGAAACCAUGUGCUGUCUGCAAACAGAUCAUCACCAAAGAUGGAACCGCCUGUCGUGUUUGCAAACUGACAUGUCACAAGAAAUGUGAAAGAAAGGUCACGACCUUGUGUUUGCCUCCGGUGAACUAUGAGCUGCCAUCCAGCACCAUUAUACCACUGAACCAUGUAGAGAGAACAGGCUCCACCAAAUCAACCAAGAGUCUUCCGUCACGGCACAGACCCUCCCGGAGUGUGAGCCUGUCCCAGACCAUGGAGGAGAGUUCCGACCUUGAUCUGACGUACAUCACUGAGCGCAUCAUUUCAGUCUCCUUUCCCUCGGGUGCGGAGGAGCAGGGUUACCGUGCCAACCUGAAGGAGGUCGCACAGAUGCUGAUGUCCAAACAUGGCGAGAACUAUCUACUUUUUAACCUGUCUGAACAACGCCAUGACAUCAGUAAACUCAACCCUAAGGUGGUGGACUUUGGUUGGCCGGAUCUCCAUGCCCCUCCACUGGACAAGAUCUGCAGCAUCUGCAAAGCCAUGGACACCUGGUUGAACUCUGACCCUCAGCAUGUGGUUGUCAUUCACAACAAGGGGAACCGCGGGCGAACAGGAGUGGUUGUCGCUGCCUACAUGCAUUACAGCAACAUAUCAGCCAGUGCUGAUCAGGCAUUGGACCGUUUUGCCAUGAAGAAAUUCUACGAGGAUAAAAUACUACCCGUGGGCCAGCCCUCACAGAGAAGGUACGUCCAUUAUUUCAGUGGGCUGCUCUCUGGCACAAUAAAAAUGAACAGCAAGCCUCUAUUUUUACAUCACGUCAUCAUGCACAGCAUUCCCAAUUUCGAGGCCAAAGGUGGUAAGUCUUCAGUUUUGCAUGAACCGUAAUUCCUGAGGGCUUAGAGUGUAGGAAACCCAAGACGGAAACUCUAGUCUUUUGUGCGUCCUCCAUUCCCUUCGCUUCAUUAUUGUUGGCCAAGACUGUUUGGGCCCUAAAAUCUGGAAUUUCGCUUAAUCAGCACCACAUCCACAAACCCUCACUCCCUCCACCACCGACGCACAGUAGCAGCAGUGUGUGUUCCAUCUACAAGAUGUACUGCAGGAACUCACCAAG